AUGCCACUUCAUCUCGACAUUAAACGCAAGCUUUCGUCACGAUCGGAGCGCGUCAAGAGCGUCGAUUUGCAUCCAACAGAGCCAUGGGUACUUUCUGCACUUUAUUCUGGUAGCCUCAUGAUCUGGAACUAUGCAACGCAGUCACUGGUCAAAACAUUGGAAGUAUCGUCUUUGAAUGCCAAGUUUGUCGCUCGUAAACAGUGGCUUUUGCGUAACAAGGCCUUUGGUACUGCGCUAGACUUCAGCUGGUCACCAACAGACAUCGGCCACUACAUUAUACGCGAGAACAUUUUGAGGCUCACACUGUGUCGCAAUUUUAAGAAAGUUAAGAGCGAGGUGCCUCGCGUGCUGUCUCCGAAGGAGCUGCGGCUGAUCCGUAAGAUCGACGUGGUGGUGAAGAAUGUGUUUUGGUCUGAAAAUGGCAGCUUCAUCGUGCUUGCUAGCGAGCCGAGUUUUUUCGUGCUGCGGUACAACAAGGCAGUGGUGGCACAGUCUUUUGCUGCUGGCACGAACUUACCUGAUGAAGGUAUUGAUGGCGCCUUUGAUCUGCUCCACGGAAUUUCUGAGAAGGUUGACUCAACUACUACGCGGGCGGGCGGUGAGGUAAUGACGCUUGCCCACUUAAAGCAGAAGGUGUAUCUGCUCAGUAAUGCUAGAGUACCAAACUGCUGUGGUGCGUCGUGA